ACCUCAAUCUUCAGAUCUCAGCCUCCUGAGUAGCUAGGAUGAUAGCUGUGAGCCAUUAGUGCUUGGCUAUGUAUUACAUUCGUAAGCAUACACAGCACUGUGUAGACACCCAGGGUGCAAAAUAAUUAAGACAGCUAUAUCUUUUUAUAUUCAAAUGGAAUCUACAUUUUAAGCAUGUUGAUGAGGUUGAGGAUUAGAUAGGCUAAGCAAGGAUUGCAUAGCACUUUGAAGAUCUGAUAGGAGACUUAAUAAUGUAAUUCAAUAAUUAGGGAGCUUCUGAAUCCCCACAUCUGUAGGUCGUAUCGAAUAGAAAGAAUAUGAACUUUGGAGCCAGCUGGUGUGUGGACUUGGGCACACAGUUCACCUCUCCUAGUCCCCAGGUCCUUAUCAAUAUUUGAGGCUAAAAACAGUGUCUACAUCAGAGAGGAGUGUUGUCAAUUACAUGACACAAGGUGAAUAAAAUGAUUCAUAUGGUACCUGACAUAUAGAGCAAAACUUCUGUUUUGGGUCAAGAUCAUCCUUGUGCUUGCUCGUUUGUCGUAGAAGGUGGAGUCUGAUUUUAACUCUGGCCCUGCUCCAGAGUCAUCUCUGAACCUGAGCAAUGUGCCUGGCCCCUUAGGAAUCAAUGUUUCUUGGCAGGUUAUACUGAAGCUUCAUGGGAAACUUCCUGUCUGUUAAAGUGUUCAGCUCAUCGUCUGGCAUGUGUUUAGCCAUGUUUUUCUUUUCUCUCCCCAGGAACACCAGACAACUCCCAAGGGGGUAAGGAACCACUGCUCCAUCCUUCCGGAAGGAAACAGGGCCACUGGCAAAACACCUACUGAUUCUCUACGGGCUGCCCGCCCAGCUGCUUGCGCCUAGGGGCCAGGGCGUGGAACCCUUGCAGCUGUGGAUUCCUUCCCGCUCUGCUUGGGGUCAAGGCCAUGUCGCCUCCUGGAAAAGGCCCCCGGAAGGAGAACCUGGGGCUCCAGUGUGAGUGGGGGUCCUGUUCCUUUGUGUGCUCAGCCAUGGAGGAGUUCUUCCAGCACGUCACUCAGCACCUGCAGCAGCACAUGCGUGGUUCCAGAGAGGAGGAGGGAGAGGAGGAUGACAGUGACCUGCUUGAAGAGUUCUCCUGCUUGUGGCAGGAGUGUGGCUUCUGCUCCAUGGACAGUUCUGCUGACCUCACCCGCCAUGUCUACUUCCACUGUUACCACACCAAGCUCAAACAGUGGGGGCUGCAGGCCUUGCAAAGCCAGGCUGACCUCAGCCCCUGCAUCCUGGACUUCCAGAGCCGGAACAUCAUCCCCGACAUCCCUGACCACUUCCUGUGUCUGUGGGAGCACUGCGAGAGCUCCUUCGACAACCCCGAGUGGUUCUAUCGGCACGUGGAAGCACACAGCCUGUGCUGUGAAUACCAAGCGGCCAGCAAGGACAACCACGUGGUGCUGUGUGGCUGGAAAGACUGUACCUGCACCUUCAAGGACCGCUGUAAGCUCCGCGAGCACCUGCGCAGCCACACCCAGGAAAAGGUAGUGGCCUGCCCCACCUGCGGGGGCAUGUUUGCCAACAAUACCAAGUUCCUAGAUCACAUCCGGCGCCAGACCUCAUUGGAUCAGCAGCGUUUCCAGUGCUCUCACUGUUCAAAGAGAUUCGCCACCGAGCGGCUGCUGCGGGACCACAUGCGCAACCAUGUGAAUCACUACAAGUGCCCUCUCUGCGACAUGACCUGCCCCCUGCCCUCCUCCCUGCGCAACCACAUGCGCUUCCGCCACAGCGAGGACCGGCCCUUUAAAUGCGACUGUUGUGACUACAGCUGCAAGAAUCUGAUUGACCUGCGGAAGCACCUGGACACCCACAGUAAGGAGUCGGCCUACAGGUGUGACUUUGAGAACUGCGAUUUCAGCGCGCGCUCGCUCAGCUCCAUCAAGUCCCACUACCGCAAAGUGCACGAAGGAGACUCUGAGCCCCGGUACAAAUGUCACGUGUGUGACAAAUGCUUCACACGGGGCAACAACCUCACUGUGCACCUGCGCAAGAAGCACCAGUUCAAGUGGCCGUCAGGGCAUCCCCGUUUCCGGUACAAGGAGCACGAAGAUGGCUACAUGAGGCUGCAGCUGGUCCGCUAUGAGAGCGUGGAGCUCACCCAGCAGCUGCUGCGCCAGCCCCAAGAGGGAUCAGAGCUGGAAGAGACGCUGAAUGAGAGCAGCCUGCAGGGCAUCAUCCUAGAGACCGUGCUGGGGGAGUCGGGACUCAAGGAAGAGGCAGAAGAGGAGGAUGGAGGUGUCAAGGGGUCAGCCCACCCAGCCUCCCACGCCAGCCCCAGCUCUGUCCUCCACAUGGUGAAUCAGACCAGCGCCCAGGGCCAGCGCGAGAUUGUCUACUACGUGCUGUCCGAAGCCCCGGGAGAGCCCCCGCCCACCCCUCAGCCUCCUGCAGAAGGCAUCCUGGAGAACCUUCAAGGAACACCUGAGGAGCCCCAGCUCCCGCUGGCGUGAAGGCCGGGGAGCCCAUUGUUCCUACCCCAGGCCUGGGGUGUGAGCCAGGCAGGCGGCAGUGCCCCUGGGGGAAACUGCCCUUGCCAAACGAUGACUCUGGAAGUGGUGCUGAGAGCAGUGUUGUCCUCUCUGGCCCAGGCUUGCAUCAGUCUGCAAACUCUGAGGGGUUCCUCUCCUUUUUUUCACACUGCAUUUUGUGGGGAUCUGGAAGAGUUUAGACUCUUUGAGGGGAGUGUGUGUGUGUGUGUGUGUCUGUGUCUG